UUUCAAACCUCUCUCUCUCUCUCUCUCUCUCUAUCUCUCUCUCCUGUGAACUCUCGUUCCGUUUCGAUUCUGCCAGAAACCCAGUCUGUAAUUCAAGAUUACUGAUUUAAAAUUUUCUGGAAAUUUGUGAGGAAAAUACAUGUUCUUUGCUGGAGAAUUUCGAGUCGAUUUGGUUGGAGACUGUAACAGUCAUUUUAUUGAAGUUUUCGUGUUGGGUUUUGAGAGAUUCGAAAAGGGUUUUUGACUUUUUGAAAGAGUAUGUGAAGAUCGGUGAGGAUGAUCAAGAUUCGUUGCUCUUUCAAAGAACCCUCUUUACCGUUUGUCACGUCGUUCUCGCUUGAUUAGGGUUUUUGAGAUUCGAGGAGGCAUUCAUCAGCUGUUGAAGUGUAACAAGAUUCAAAGAUUAUUGACCAGGAGUGAACUUUUUUGACAAUUGGGAUUCCAUUUGAGUGCUUCGAAGCGAGUUUGAGGUUUACUUGUAUGUAGGAGGGAGUUACUGGGCUUAAGCAGCCAGUGACAAGCUUUUGAAGGACAUUGGUUUUGGAGGAGGGCUGCAGAAAAAUAAUUAAUAAAGAAGUAUGGGAGCAAAAGAUCGUCUAAAUGCUACCGACUCUCCUAAAGUGGUGGAGGUUGGAGAGAUAGACACCAGGGCACCAUUUCAAUCUGUCAAGGAUGCUGUCAAUUUAUUUGGUGAAGGCGCUUUUUCAGGGGAAAAACCUGCCAUCAAGAAGGCAAAACCACAUUCUGCAGAGAGGGUAUUAGCAAAAGAAACACAGCUUCACUUGACCCAGAAAGAGUUAAAUAAGCUGAAGGAACAACUAAAGAGUGCUGAAACUACAAAAGCCCAAGCACUCAUAGAGCUUGAAAAGGCUAAAAGGACAGUCGAUGACCUAACCCAGAAGCUCAAAACCGUGACUGAAUCAAAGGAAUCGGUAAUUAAGGCAACACAAGCUGCUCAGGUGAAGCAACUUGGAGAAGCAAAUGGUGCUAGUCCUGCGGUAGCUAAUGGUGUCCGGAAACAGGACUUGGAAAAUAAAAGAGAACAGUACAUGACUGCAAUUACUGAACUUGAUGCUGCAAAACAAUUGCUGAGGCAAAUCCGUCAGGAUUGCGAUGCAACCCUGGAAGCAAAAGCUGCCGCCUUCAAGCAAGCAGAAGAAGCCGAGCAUGCAGCCAAAGCAAAUGCGGAGAAAGUUGGCGAGCUUGCAAAGGAAAUUGCUGCUGUACAGGAAUCGAUUGGGCUGGUGAAUCUUGCAACAAUGCAAGCCCAGCAAGAACAAGCGAAGAUAUUUGCUGAGAAAGAUAUUCAGAAGCAGUCGUAUAAAGCUAUCCUUGAAGAAUCAUCGAAGAAAUUGCUUGCUUUGAAGACACAGUUCGAUCCUGAAGUCACCAAAAAUCUCGAGGCCCAGCUUGCUGAAGCAGCAACGGAGAUUGGAGUGUUGCAAAAAGAGAUGGAAAAUGCAAAGGCUUCGGAUCUUGAUUCUGUCAGAGUUGUCACUUCAGAGCUGGGUGAUGCUAAGGGGUCACUUCAUAAAGUUGCUGAAGAGGAAAGCUCGCUUCGAAGCUUGGUGGAGUCCCUUAAGCUGGAGCUUGAGAAUGUGAAGAGAGAGCAUUCUGAACUAAAGGAGAAGGAAGCAGAAACGGAAUCCAUUGCUGGGAAUCUGCACGUCAAGCUCCGGAAAAGCAAGUCCGAGCUUGAAGCAGCCAUUGCUGAAGAAUCCAAAGUCAGAGGUAAUUUUGAAGAAAUGAUCUCAACCCUCCACCAGUUGUCAUCAGAAAGUGAAAAUGCAAGAUGCGAAGCUGAGGAGAUGAAGAAGAAAGCUGACAAGUUGAACAAUGAAGCAGAAGCCACCAAAACUGCUCUAGAAGAAGCAGAGAAGCAGCUAAAAGUUGCAUUGGAGGAGGCUGAAGAGGCAAAAGCAGCCGAGACAAGGGCUCUUGAUCAGAUUAAAAUCUUGUCCGAGAGAACUAAUGCAGCACGUGCCUCGACUUCUGAGUCUGGUGCCCAGAUCACAAUCUCAAGAGAAGAGUUCGAGGCACUGAGCCGGAAAGUUGAGGAAUCUGACAAAUUGGCUGAAAUGAAAGUGGCUGCUGCAAUAGCGCAGGUAGAAGCUGUGAAAGCAAGUGAAAAUGAGGCAGUCAAGAGGUUGGAGGCGACUCAGAAGGAGAUUGAUGAUAUGAAAGCUGCGACUCGGGAUGCCUUGAAGAGCGCAGAGAUGGCGGAGGCGGCAAAGAAGGCGGUGGAAGGAGAGCUCCGAAGGUGGCGCGAACGAGAGCAAAAGAAGGCGGCGGAAGCGGCAUCUCGGAUUCUUGCAGAGAGGGAGAUGUCAUCAGAAGCGUCCCCCCGCAACUACCGGAUUCAAAAUCAAAAGCAGAAUCCACCAGAGAAAGUCAUGGUUGCCCAAAAGUUGGAAAAACAGAACACUUCUGUAUCCAAAAAGGUGCUUUUACCUAAUCUCAGUGGCAUCUUCCACAGGAAGAAGAAUCAAAUUGAGGGCGGAUCACCGUCUUAUCUUCCUGGUGAGAGGCCCAUGUGAUGCGUGUUUUUGGAGAAAAAAAAAUUCGUGCAAGUGAAUGUUUGAGAGAAGAAUGUUUAUGAUUUGGGCUUGUACAUUUGAGACCAGUGGAAUUAAGUUUCUGUUAUUUUUGCUUGCUUUGGGUAGUAGAUAUAUUGAAAGCAAAUGGUAGGAGUAGGAAGAGUGAGUGAGUUUGUAUGAUCCAGCAACAAAGCUAGAGACAAUUGCUUGGAGAUUUCAGUACAAAUGAUUUAUUUUCUGCUCUC